AUGGCGGAAAUUAAUAUUGCCGGCGCGAUUGCAAUCGUGCUCUUUUAUCUAGUAAUUCUUGGCAUUGGUUUGUGGGCUGUUCGUGGCAGGCGAAGAGACAAUGAGGAAGAGGCAAUGUUGGCAGGGAGAAGUCUAGGAUUGGUAAUAGGGACUCUCACUUUGACAGGUACUGAAAUGUUGUAGUCUUUUGUAAGUUGUUAUGGAUUAUGGUGAGGGUCGAAUAGGUAACAAACAAUUUUCCACAACUUAAAAGAAAACUUACUGUCGAAACUUAUUAUUUCAUGGUAAAAAGGCGAGGAAAAAAAAAGUGUUUAAUGAUUCCAGAGUAUAGAAUUCUACCGGUAUAUUCGAUCCUUACAGGCACAUGUUCUAACGGGUAAAUCCUUUUCUGAAAAAAGGAGAUCUUCGUUCUAGUGCAACAUGAUGGCUAAAGAAAGCAAUGGACCCCAAAAUUUCCCCAAAGAUGCAUUAGAUUUAAAUGUGACAAAAGGCAAAUUACAAUUGAUUAAAAGUUAAGUUUUUCGUUUGUCUCACGAUGUAGUCACAUGUGACGAUUGUAACAAACGAACAAACUUUCGCCAAGCAAAGUUUAUUCUUUUUGUUUUGUAGAAAGAAAGGAGAUCUGGUGUUUCACCUUAUUAAAGUCUUCUACUUGAAAUGCUUUUUUUUGAGGCACUUCAAGGUCAUAGCGCGACCUUAUCAUUCACAAAAUAUUACCUAAGACAUGACCUGCUUUUUAAACAUAUUAUCACGAACAGAAGGUUGUAGGUCAUAUGCUUCUGUAAUGCGAAGGUGGAGCCUCUCUUUGGGUAUUUCCGAAGAAAUCGAAGACGCGAAGAUCACCACGGAAAAAACGAAGAUCUCAAGAUUGAAGCGAAGAUCUGAAAAUUGACCAAAAUUUGCGUGAUCAAAUUGAACUCUUAGAUAUAUAACUGUCAAAACUGGUAAACACUACAGAAAAUAUCUGUUAUUUCUGAAUUUUGACAUUUGACCACAUUUCACUGCGAUUUGACAAAGGUGUCAACAGUGGUUUACAGUCGCUGCCGCGAAACAACAUCCGAAAAUCGAAGAUCUUCAUAAAAAAAAGACGAAUAUUUGCAAAGAAGUCGCGAAGAAAACGAAACCGUGGGUACCCAUAGAGAGGCUCUAUCUGUCUCUUUGAAGCCUUGCGUGAAAACCAGGUUCAUUUAAUUAUCAUGUGACAAAGCUCUAAACACGCAAAUAUAACUGAAUUCCGGCCACCAAAUGUAAGAUACUACCCCAUGUACUUUCGAAUUAACUUCAAACAAAUCCCGUGAGAACUGAACGCUUAUUACAAAAACGCGUAGAAACGUAUUCUCUUUCACGAAGUUAUUGACCAAAGAGACCUGAAUUGAUUUGAAAUCGUACGCGUGACUUAAUUAAAAGCAAAAAUUCAUAGCUACUUCGUAACACUUAAUUUUUCAUCACUUAAAUUAAUUGCGUUGUUACAAGAUUUUGAUCAUCAUUUUUUUUAAUUGAUCCUGAAGCGAAAUUAAAAGGAAUAAAAGAGAAAACGUAAAAUGAGGUAAUUCAGGUAAAAAAUUGUGCAAUUUGUUAAUAAAACGCACAGCGUAAGGCCAAUAAGAUUGCAGUAGUCACCUGUGAGAAGCAUAUCUGAUUCGUUAUUCAACUGCCUCAAACAUUAACGUAAAAAUACUUGUUGUUGCAAAUACCUUGUUUAAAUUUAUUCUAAUCUUUAAUGAUUUCAAUGUUUUUCCGUAUGAAGAGUAAAAAUCACGGUGAUCCCCAACUUUUCCCUUCGCAUCCUGUGUGGGCACGUAAUCAUGUUUGUAGUCUAUUUUACACAAAAAUGAGGUUUGGUAAGAAGAUGCAUCGUCAUGAGAGAAUGUUCUUUUCUCUCUAAAAAAGAAAGAUAACUUACCUAUUCCAUACACAGUUGUAUUCCUUAAUAGCCUUAAGCUUCUUUGCUGUGUUGAAAAAAUUAAAAUAGUUUCUCAAAGAAAACGUUACUAGUAAACGUAAUUCGUCUCCAUUAGAAGUGUGGACAUAAAUUUUGUUCGCAAGUUUACAGAGCCGUGGAAUAUAUAGAAAGACUGUUACUUUUGAUCAACACAGUACACCUAUUUUGUUUUUCUAAGAAUCAAGUCAAAACAUUGCUUCUUGUUCAUGCGAAACGUAAAGAGAACUGAUUGAAGAAACCCAUAUCGAUGAAUGUUCUUAGAGUACUCUUACGAUAAAUACUCUUACCUAAUACGCAAAUACCCCGCACCAAAUACAUAUACCAUGAGAGCAUUUACCACUUCUAUUAAUUCAGAAAUUUUGAACCACUGUAACCUAAGUAACUAACAGAGGAAACUUGAGAAAAAUGUCUUAUCAAGUUUUAUCUCUUACCGAGCAUAAAAAAAUAGUUUUAGUAAAAAUAAAGUGCAAGUUUUCAGUGUAUUAUGACAAUGCCUCUCUUAGGACAGAUUUCAGAUGUGUGCGCCAGGAUCCAAAGUCCGUUCACAGGCCCAUCGUGUCAUGUCAUACAUAUCCUACUUAAUGCCUCAAUACCUCUACAAUUUCAAACAAAGCUAGGUUGUUGAAUGGACUUUGUAAUAUUGUGCGGAUACCUGAGUAUGACUACUUUCAGUCAUGAGUCUACUAUCAAGAGUCCAGACUACCGUUUAAUUUUAGGACAAUGUCUUUGUUUGUACAGUCAAACCCCGAUUAAGCAGCACUUGAUUUUGAAAACGGUCACCAUUUAUGAAGCGGUCAAUCGUCAAAUUUCCAAGCGCCACCUUCACCGAGAAAAACGACCGGUCUGUGUUAAUUCCUUUGUGGUUACUUCAACUCUCGCUUUUACAUAGGCAGGAAACUCGGUAAAUUGCUACAUCGAGCUACGAAACCUUAAAUUCCAAUCGACUAAAACUUAUUUUAAUACUUUGUCGUGGAAUAUUCGUCAUGAAAGACACUGAGCUCACCAACAUCUGUUGGCCAGACAUGAACUUCAAAAACGUUUCAUAUAUUUCGCGUGGUUUUAGUUGUAAGCCCUAAGACAUAAAUUGUGUCGUCAAUUUUAAUUUCGUGAUCACGUUUUUUCACUUCAUUUAAGUCAACCUCUUUGACACAGUUGAUCGUUUACCAAAGGUUGACCUUAUUAUUUUCCUGUUUCACAAAUAACAGCUUCGAUUCCCGUCACGUGCCCGGCAGAACGAUCUGUUGAGGUUGUAUUUCCGAAUUUCAAUUGCUUUAAGUUUUUACAAAAGCUUACGAGUUUCUUGUUUCCAUAGCAACAUGGGUCGGCGGAGGAUACAUCAAUGGUACAGCCGAGGUGCUCUAUGAUAAAAGCCUGGGACUAGUCUGGGCCCAGGCUCCUUGGUGCUAUGCUAUCAGCCUGGGGCUUGGUGAGUAACAGAGAUUUUACCACGUGAUUGAAACAUUUCGCAAAUUUCACCGACCAAAUUCAUUAAAGCUUAUGUCGCCAGAAAUUAAUGCUUUCCUUAGUUUCCGAUCGGUUGUUACAGCUUUCAUGGGCAUGGGGAUCUAGGGUCUGUAUCUCAAAAUAUCUUUUAAAUUUAAGGACUCCGAAGUAAUAUUGAUCUAAAUCUAGGGAUGAUAGGUGCAACUCGUAGCUUAAAACCAAUUCAUUCUAUUUCGUUUCCCAAUAUGGUUCGAAUUUUAAAACUAUUCAUAUUUCUAUCUUAAAUGUUAAAACGGCGACCAGAAAAGAUUUUUCUGGGAUCUUCACUACUAGGGGAGCCGAAAAACGGGUCCAAGAGCUGGAUAUCUUACCUGAUCAAGCUUGUCUUCAACUAAGGUCAUUGCCAAGACACCGUAAACACCACCCUUCCUGUUCAGUUGUAGUGCAAUCGGAACAAAUGGCGACUAUUUUCUUAUUUUUAUCUUAUAGGUGGACUUCUGUUUGCAAAAGUCAUGCGAGAAAGAAAGUAUGUUACCAUGAUUGACCCUGUUCAAGAGAAGUAUGGUGCAAUAAUGGGUGUGUUGUUAUACAUACCCGCCCUGCUGGGAGAGAUAUUUUGGUCUGGCGCCAUCUUGUCAGCUCUUGGUGCCACUGUGAGUGUUGUUAUUGGCUUGGAUCGCUUCACCUCCGUUAUCGUGUCUUCGUGUAUCGCAAUUUUCUACACUCUGAUUGGCGGACUUUACUCAGUGGUUUAUACUGAUGUGAUUCAACUCUUCUGCAUCUUUAUCGGAUUGGUAAGUACAGCCAGCAGUUUCACUUUUUUCGAUAUUCACAUCACUCACACUAUGAUCAGGUUUUAGGCUAGUUUGCCCACUGUAAUCCAGAAAACAGAUAGCUGGAAGGGUCCUCCACCAAAAACCUGUAGUCUCUGUUACUUGUGAUAAAGGUCUUGAUUUCUGUGAAAAUAUUAGGAAGGCUGUCUGUUGAAACUCCUUCCGCUUCUCUUACUAGUGGCUCAGUAUUCCUUUCGCCAUGACACACAAAGCAGUGAGUAGCAUAUCUGAAGAUUCUGGGAAAUGGCUUGGAGAGAUUCCUACUGAUCAGAUCGGAGUGUGGUUGGAUUAUGCGCUGUUACUGGUAAGCUUCUCGAUCUCUGACCGUACGCAGUAUCAGGAGGACAAUAUUUCAUGUUUUCUUUGAAGCACUGAGAUCACGUUAAUUGACGAGAUCAAUUGAGAUCAGGGAAAAGACGUACUGGCCAAGAACAUUUCUGCUCCGUAAAAACUUGAGAAGGAGUCUUUCGUUCGUGUUCCAUUAUUGAUAAUCACAUAUGAUUAAUUUUUCGUUUUCUUCCAUUUGCAAUGUGCAGAUAUGGGGCGGCCUUCCUUGGCAAAUUUACUUUCAGCGCGUCUUGUCGUGCAAAUCACCAUCUAUGUCUAGAACAGUCUCUUACACCGCUUCCAUUGGAUGUCUACUUAUGGCCAUCCCUGCAGUGCUUAUCGGGGCCAUUGGUGCCUCGACAGGUAGAAGCAUUAUGAAAAUCCCUACCAUUCCCCUUCAAUAUUCCCAUAAUUGAAAGUAAAUACAAAGCUGACCAUAUUAUCCAGAGCUUAGGUGCGAAGAGGAAGGGGGGGGGGGUGACCCUACCAGGGCGGAGUAAAAUUCUCUAAGUCGGUUCAUGUUGAGAAGACCAGGAUAAGCUCAGCUAGGAUGAGCCCUCUGAUUUUCCUCGAGCUUACUUACCCCCACCUACCACUGUUUCUUCCUCCUUCCUCUUCUCUUAAAUGCAUUGAUAAGAACUUACGCCAAACAUAGGUCAACUGCCCCAUAACUACAAGAGCCUAACGUGGUUACCGUAGCACAGAGCAGCUAAAAAGCAUGUCUUCCUUCCUGAUUAGGAACCUGGUCAAAGCUAGGUGAUUCCCUGUAUGAGAGGUAUUGUGAGAGUAAAGUUUGCGGAUUGAGAAAACAACGUAAAUGAUCCUAGAAGAGAGUUAAACCCACACCCUUGAAUCUGAGGUCCAGUCCACUCACUGCCAGGCUGCUGCGUCUCUACAAAAGCUUUUUUAUCUAGGUUCCUGUUGUUAUUAUAGCAUAUUUGUCAGAGUCUGAAUAAGGAAUACGCUUCAAAUCAACGUUUCGACACGGGUGCAUUGUUGAACAACGACAAGUCGACCAAUUUAAGCCAUUUCCCCAAAACUAGAUUGGAAAGUGAGUUAUUUACAAGGUUAAAAAAUAUAUUUAAAAGUAAAAACCAAACGUUUUCCAUUCUAGAUCAUCUUCGGGUAAAAACUAUGACAAUGACUUGGUGUUGAAAACGUUUUGUUUUUAAUUUUCAAUUUUGAAACCUAAGAAAAAUUUAUGUACAGACUGGAAACUCUUGAACAGAUGCAAACCAACUGGGCAUCCUCCAUAAAUGCUUUUCAAAUACAAUCUUAAUUUCCUGCAUAUUAAAUUGGCUUUAUUGUUUUCAUCCAGAUUGGACCCAAACGUCAUAUAGACCAUUUGAGGGUGUUACCACCAACCAAACAGCCUCUGUAGAGCUUGAUAAGACAUUGAUCCUUCCCAUGGUGCUUCAGUACCUCACACCACCUGUUGUCUCAUUCAUUGGUCUGGGUGCUGUGUCUGCUGCAGUCAUGUCUUCUACCGAUUCCAGUUUCCUAUCUGUUAGCACCAUCCUGGCUCAUAAUAUAUACAGGCCCAUCUUCAGAAAAAAGGUCAGAUACCUUCCGUCAUUUUGGUGUUUGCCCUCUCUAUCAAUUUUUGUAGUCAAAGAGUGAAAUAGAACCUGUCCCAAUUAGAUUUUAAUUUUGAGUCCUUUCAAUUCUCCUAGGCGUCUGAGAAGGAAGUCGUGUGGGCCAUGCGAGUCGCUGUCGUAAUAGUUGGCGCAGCUGUUACUGGAAUGGCUCUGUCAGUUGAAUCUAUCUACGCUUUGUUUCAUCUGUGCAGUGACCUGAUCUAUGUGGUCCUGUUUCCUCCGUGGUGUUUAUCUUUCUUUUGGAAAGACGUCAACACUUACGGCUCCGUUGUGGGUUACGUAGUAGGGCUCCUGCUACGCGUGGGGGGAGGGGAAGACAAAAUUGGUUUCCCCGCCUUCAUUAAAUACCCGUUUUAUGAUGAGGUUAAGGGUCAGUUGUUUCCAUUCCGUACGUUCGCUAUGAUCGUUACUUUUGUCAUUCUCAUUGUGGUGUCUUCUUUAACAAAAUACUUGUUUGAAGGGGACAUUAUACCCCUGAAGUAUGAUUUCUUGAACGAGUUCAAAACUUGCAACAUAGGAAAAGCGAAUGAAACAGGUCAUGGGCCAAUCGAGGAUAAAUACGUUAUGAAGGAGCAUGGAAAUUCUGAAAUAUGA